AUGCCGGCUAGGUAUUUCUUCCUGAACUUCACUGAAUAUAACGCAGAAAAAUAUACUUCGGAAUUUGGUAAAAGUGUGGCCGUAGAAAUUACAGGAAACUCUGCCAAAGGAAAUUUGUGUCGUAUAUGGGUUAAUACCCUUGACAGGAAAGAUGGCACUUUCAUUGUACGUUAUAAGCUUUAUGAAACUUGUAUUAACCUGUCUAUUAGCAUUUAUUAUAAAAGCAAGCAUAUUCAUAAUUCUCCAAUAAAAUUUCAAGGUCCUAUUCAACCAGAUCAAUGUGUUUGCCCUGAAAAUGAUUUUAAUCUAUGCAAUGACACAGUUGAUAUAGUUAUGCCAACUUAUGACAUAACGGAAUCAGCGCUAGAAAAUAUGGGGAGGGUAACUCUCGAUACAUUAUCAGUGCAAGGUAAUGUUGAACAGAAGUGGGAAGAUCGUAAGCCGAUUGCAUUUUGGCGAGGACGUGACUCGCGCGAGGAAAGACUGAAACUAGUUGAUAUUGCACGAGUUAAUCCAGAUCUUUUUAAUGUGUCGCUUACAAACUUUUUCUUUUAUCGCGAUAAAGAAGCUCAGUACGGCCCAAAGCAGCCGCACAUAUCGUUUUUCAAAUUUUUUGAUUACAAAUAUCAAAUAAACGUCGACGGGACGGUUGCAGCUUACCGAUAUCCUUAUCUACUGGCUGGUGGAGGAAUGGUUUUGAAACAAGAGUCGCCGUUUUACGAACACUUCUAUCACCAGCUUCGUGAAUGGGAACAUUACGUGCCAGUGGCUAGCGAUUUGUCCAAUUUAGUUGAAAGAAUAAAGUGGGCCAGAAACCAUGAUAAGGAAGCUCACGAUAUAGCCAAUAAUGCUAGAAAAUUUGCAUCGGAGAAUCUACUGCCACAGAACAUAAUAUGUUACCAUGCCAUAUUAUUAUCUGAAUGGAGUAAAAAGAUAUCAAGUAAAGUGAUAGUGCUUGAUGGAAUGACUCACAUACCACAACCAAAGUUUCAAUGUGAUUGCCAAAUGCAAAAGAAAAGCUCACAUGAAGAGUUA